CGCGGGAACGUCAGAUAUUAGCUACUAGGGUAUCCACAGGUCUACACUGAACGUUGCAUUUCGCCUGACACACGGGGAGGCAAUUCCAUUCUGCUUUCGGAUUCGCAUGUGGCAUUAGACAGCAGUAAUUCCUUUAUGCUGGACAACCAGAUUCUGUUUCCAGAGUAAGGUUUCUCCUCGAAGCAGUCCAUAAAUCAAACAAUUUGACUUGUGACCGCCUAAGGAAGAUCAGCAUGUGUUCUCUUUUCCUACCGUUAAUAUUACUCGCACAUAUCCCAUCGUUACUUAACGGGGAGAAGAUCUGUUGCCCUGACGGGGAAUGCUACUCCAUGGACCCUCCGUGGCGCUCACUCAUACGUCCAGUUCCAGCCCCUAACUGCGUCGAGAAGGUCCAGUAUCUGCUGUACACCAGGUCAAACCCUUCUACUGCUUUCAACUUUUCAUCAGAAAACACAUCAUUGGAGGGUUCUUACUUCGAUGCUAGUAAACCAACGAUGUUUUUCUUUCAUGGCUGGAGGGGCUCGGUAAUUCAUAGCUCUCACCCAUCAAUGGCAUCGAGUUAUUUAGUCAGUGUUGAUGCCAACGUCUUUCUGGUUGAUUACAGCGAUGUGGCUAGUAAUUUGUACUAUCCACAGCCUGUAUCGGAUCUCAGAGUAUUAGCCAGAAUUGUAGCAAGGUUUGUCAGAUAUAUAGUGGACAAGAAAGGGGUAUCCAAGGAUGGUAUUCACCUGAUGGGAUUAAGUUUAGGAGCACACCUGGUUGGUUAUAUUGGAAAGGAAGUUCCUGGGAUUCGCAGAAUAACAGGCCUGGAUCCGGCUGGACCACUGUUUAAAGGGGAGGACUGUCAAGUUCGUCUAUGCAAAGGAGAUGGACAAUUUGUGGAAUCGGUUCAAACAAACAAGAAAUAUGUUUUGGGGUUUGGAACUCCCCGUGAAGACUAUGAUGUGACCUUUGCUAUGAACGGCGGUAUGGACCAGCCUUCAUGUGGCAUAGAUUUGAUCGACCUCGCAGUAAGUCACUCGCAGUCACGAAGCGACAACAAUUCAAAAGCUUUGGUCCCGUCAUUGUCUUGUUCCCAUGAGAAAUCACAAGUGUACUAUACAGAAGCUUUAAGGGUACCUAACUGCACAUUUUGGGGAAUAAAGGAGGACAUAUAUAAAAGGCUUGUGAGCGUACUGUCACUUGGUCACGGGGCAAAGAUCUUUGUACCUUCCAGAGAGUGCGAGUUUCCAACAUGCUUACCAAUGGGAAUUCAUACGAUAGAUUACCCGGCUAGCGGAGUUUACAUAGUGCCAACAAAUACAAAAGAACCCUAUUGCAUUAAAAAACCAGAGACAAGUGAAGAUAUGAAGGAAGUGACGAUCUGGAACAAACCUCUAAAAUUACUUCUGGGAAUAUUCUGAAGACAGUACAAGUUAAAUCGGGUAGAAGAAUGAAAUCAGUGAAUGAUACAGCAGCGUUUUAUGCAUUCUAUUGUAUAAUAUUGAAUGUGAAAUUGUAAGUAAUAUUCGAAUUGCAGUGUAGUUUUCUCUGUAAAGGCUGCUGUUGUGACACAAUAAAUAUUUUAACAGUGUUCUUUA